UUUACCGACACCAGCCACAGAAUGCAGAAGAGGAAGAAAAACGUCUUGGCUUCCCCCGCACCGCUGCUUCUUUCUGACAUUAUAAAAGCUAGCAGACAGAGUAUAAGUGAGUACAGCGGCUGAGACACCACAAAAAGUGACCGUUCAGGAUGAGCGGGAUGCGGACUAUUCUGACAUCCACCGCGGCGAUUGCUUCCAUGGGGCUCGGAUAUGGACUGUGGUUUGUGAUAUCUCCAGGAGAACAGCGAAGGAAAGAGAUGCUGAAGAACCUCCCUGAAUCAAAUCCAGUGAGGAUGGAAGAGACGAGGCAGAGAAAUGCCAUGCUGAUGCAAGUUUUAAAGGACGCUGCUGAAACCAGCGACAACCUGGCAAGAGGAUUAGGACCUGGAAAGUAGACACGCACCUCUAUUUGUUGCUGGUUGUUUAACACUCCUUACAUGAGGAGGCACAAAUGAAUCAUAAACAUGGACACUGUUGGAGUGCAUAGAAGCCGUUGUCUUCAAUUCUGCAAUGUGCAAUUCUGUACAUUACACUGAACUGUUCGAUUAAAGCUCUUUCAACUAAA